CAUUUAAAAGCGGUUCUUCGAAAGAGAACUAUUGCAAUCAUCUCUCAACAUAAUCGCACUAAACCGUCGUAUGUUUGACAAUCAUUUAUUUUCAGAAACAAAAUAACGAGAUAAUAUAAUAAAGAAAGUAUCCAGUAGACAAACUUACUAGUAAGGGCGAGUUUUUUUUCGAUGACAAAUAGAAAUAUUUACGACGGCAUUUUCACAAACUGGGAAAAUCGUCAUAUUGUGGAAAAUGAAAGUUCAAAUCGUUUAGAAAACUCACUUUUAGGGCAUGGAUGCCAUAAUGAAGUCAUUUCUUCUGUUUGCUUGGACAGCAGCGAUGAUAACGAAGAAACGAAUAAUCCACCAAAUUUUGAAAAGACUAAAAAGCAUUUCCAUAUAUUAUCAAAACAGCGUACAUCUACUAAUCAAAAUGCAAUAAAUAGUGAUGGGACCUAUAGUAAUCUGCGUCUUGCAUCUCAACAGACAUCUCUUAACUUAUCGCUACCUGAUAAUGCAAUGGACGACUCUGAGCUUACUGAGCCCACUGCUUUAAUAUUAAACUAUAGCAAGCAUAAGUUUCUGCGUCCUUAUUUAAUAAUUUUGUAUAUAGUUGGGCUUAGUCCAAUAUCAACAGAUUUAAGCCAAUGCCGGCGGGUUCUAAGCCACUUACAAACAUUAUUGAUCUUUCUUUUAUUAGUAUUUGGACAUUUUUUACAAUAUCUGUGUUCGUUUCGAAGUGAUCAAGGGUAUAAUAUAUAUAAAUUAACCAGCUCAUCAAAUAAAACUAAUACGUACACAACUGGUGAAAUUUGCUUUGGAUACAUAAUCCCGAAUGCAGUAUAUGUAAUAGGAUUUUUAUUGGCAGUCUUCGUUUGUAAAUUAGGCGACAAUGAACAUUUACAAAACUUAAUAGAACGGGUUUUUCUUAUGUCCAAGAAACCCAUACGCUUAUGUCGUAGAUUGUGGGCGUAUAUUAUAUCUGGAUUACUUCUACAAAGCCUUUUUAUUGGAUAUGUAAUCUAUUCAGUUCUUAAACAAGCUCAGCUCAACCCAAUUUCACAAAUAAAAUUGCUUCCAGAGCUCCAGAACAAUAUGCAACUUUUUGGAGAAAUCGGCGUACUUUUAAUACUAUUUCUGCAGCACCUCGUCGAAACAAUUAUUUUGACCAAUUACAUUUUACAAUGUCAAUUACUAAGCGUAUACCUAGAAACAAUUUCGCACAAUCUUUUAAUGCGUUCUAUUGAUCCGUUAGAUUGGAUGCGGGAAUUGAUGGAAAUUAAAAAAUUGCUCGAAUACCUCAAUCGACGAAUUGCUUUACCAGUUUCUAUCUUUAUUGUAUUUAAUCUAUCCAACUGCCUUGCUGCAUUUAUACAUCUAUUUAGGAACAUUGAUAGUCAUUUCGCUGAUUUAAGGAUUCCAUUGUUUAACAUGACAAACGCUUUAUUAUGGUUAAUAUUGGGAUUGGUACCUUUUCUUUCGGCUGCAUCGCUGACUCAUGUUUGCCGCAGAACAAAAAAUAGUGGACAUGAGAUACGUAUUAGACGGUUUUGCUACCAAAAUUCAUCAAUUGAUGAACUUAAUUCCUUACUUAUCUUCACGUCAUCACUACGUUUAUCAGCCGAAGUAUUUUGGAUACCAAUAUCACCAAAUUAUCUGUGCUUCGUUGUUAUGUUUAUUUUUAUUAUAUUACUUACACUAGGAAUCUGUUCGAAUUUCUCGACAUUCAAAAAUUUAUAA